CAGGGUUCAAUUCUAGGUGUUGAGGUUGACGUUUCUAGAAAAUCUUAUCGCACCCAACUCAUAAAAUUGGAAGACAAUAAGGAUAUGGAAAAGGCUUCUCCAACAAAUGGAGGUUUUCUGACAUCCCGUAUAUUUACUUUGACAGUUCCAGAGGUUGAUGGAGGUUCCAUUAUCUCUGUAAAAAUUAGUUGGUCUCAGAAAUUACUGUACAAGGACAGCCAAUUCUCUUUGAAUAUACCUUUUAAUUUUCCCGAGUAUGUCACUCCUGUUGUAAAGAAAAUCUCGAAGAAAGAGAAGAUCCAGUUGAACGUGAAUGUCGGUACUGGAACUGAAGUGUUAUGCAAGACAGUCAGUCAUCCUUUGAAGGAAGUAAGGCGCCAUGCAGGAAAAUUGGGUUUCUUUUAUGAAUCCGAAAUCUUUUCUUGGUCAACUACAGACUUUAGCUUCUCAUACGGGGUCACUUCACGUGAUAUACAUGGUGCUGUGUUCUUACAAGCUCCACCAGUGCAUGCAGUCGAUCAAAGACAGAUGUUUUGUGUCUAUCUAUACCCAGGAAGUGAGCAGAGUAGGAAG